AUGAAAUUCUGCUUUGUUCCAGGCCCAGACUAUAGAACAUUUAUGCAGUGUAAAGAUCUACCAGAUGGCGACCCAUAUACUGGAGUCACAUGUCCUGCUGAUGAGUAUCCUACCAUGACUCAAUGUGCCUGUGGUUAUUGUGGGCCAUGGUGGAUGAGUGGCAAUAACACGUGUUCGUGCGAUACGUCUGUCACCAGCGACUGGGUCACUGGCCAGUGCUGCCGUUUCUUGUUCUCACCACGCACUGGAGGUAAUAUAGCAGAUAAGUACAUCCGCUGGCAAGGCGCCUACACAAGUGGCCAUGAUGACUGGAGCAAAGGAAGCACCACCCUAACAGAAUGCUUACAACACUGUGAAAACCAGGUGGGUUGCCGUUCCCUGAAUUGGAAUCCCUCCACUGGGGCAUGUAUUUUGAGUAAAGAAAACCAUCGUACUGCCCCCUCUUCUAUACAGACCCAGGGUUCCUAUGACCUCUAUGAGAGAUACAACGCUGCCCUAGAAGAUCACCCUAGUCUCGUGCGUAAUUACUUCCAUCACAUAGAAGGUUAUGCUGUAGCUGGCUACAAUGUUUUGUCUUCUGCCAUGGCAGUGACGGUGGACACCUGCCUGCUUCUCUGUCUGGAAAACCCAGACUGCAAGUCUGUGGACUAUGACUAUGUGUCUAGUGCUGGAUGUUGGCUUAACUCAGAAACCAGAAUUUCAAUGCCGUCAAGUUUUAAUAUGUAUUACAAUUAUGACUACUAUGAAUUUAUUGACAAUGGAGAUCCACAGUUGAGCUGCAAUGAAGUUACUGAAACAGGCAAUUAUGCUUACUGCGGAAUGAUAGGUACUUGGAUGGAGCAUUUCAAUAUGAUAGAGUAUGGAGCCCUGGCAGGAUACAACAAUGUUUUAAAUUAUGGGACAACGAUUAAUGACUGUUUACAACUUUGUCAUGAUAACAGUAAUUGCAAAACCAUUGAUCAAAGAAAUAUUGACUCAGGAAGUUCUGAUUAUGUGUGUGACCUUAGUUAUGACACCAGAUUUACAGUGGGAUCCUCCUCUGAUUUCAUGACUGGAACCUGGCCAUCAUAUAAUAACUUUGUUUUCAAAGGAUUUAGAGGGGAUUAUUUGAAAGACUCUUUCCAGCACAUCCCUGGACAUUACGUAAUGUGGUCAACGUUAUCCACCCUGACUAAGACAGUAGCUGAGUGCAUGGCUCUGUGUUAUAACAAUGCAUAUUGUAGAGGCUUUGAUUACCGUAGCAGUGACAGCACCUGCACCUUGAAAAACCAAAACCGUUUCAGUCAACCAGCUAAGUUUUUCGUGGCAGAUGCAAAUUGGGAUCAUUAUGAAUUUAUUGGAUCAAGAGCUUGCCCCCCAGGCACAUAUUCCCCAACAGGUUACUAUGGCAAAGUCCGGUGCACCCCCUGUCCCCUGGGGACCUACUCCAGUGACCGCGGAAGCACCGAGUGCAAGGUCUGCCCGACUGGUCACAUCUCCAACCAGACUGGACAGAUGACCUGUGUCCUGUGUCCUUACAAUGGUGUUACAGAUGAACUAAAACAAAAAUGUAUGCCAUGUAAGGCAGGAUAUGUGACAGAUGGCCGAGCCAGUCAAUUCUGCAGACGAUCAAACUGCCAGGCACCAGGUGUCGCUGCCUGCCAAGGACAGUCUUGUACAGAAGGCAGAUCGUCUGCUGGUUCAAGCUUUGUGGUGAUGUUUCCAGAGACGUUGUCACCCAAUGCCACACUGAAGUUGUUCUUCAGUGCAGAUCCUUCAGAGUCGGCUUCUGUUACCGUUACCUCUCCAGGAUGGUCAAGUCCUGCCAUAUCUGAGACAGUCACGGUGUCAUCAACGGGCACUACAAAUGUGGUAAUUCCCAGAGAGCUGAUGAUGACGGGAACAUCUAAGAGCUCCACAGGGUUGCUUAUUAGCUCUUCAGCACAGAUCUCUGUGCAUGGAGUGCUAUCAAGCAGUGGGGAUGGUCAGGGAGACUGGUUUCAGGUGCUGCCCACAGCCUCCCUGGGUCUGGAGCAUUACGCUACCUGCUGGACACCAGGCCCUGGGGAUAAGACACUGAUUGGCAUUGUUGCCACUGCAGACAACACUCUGUUGGUCAUAACUCUGACAGCUGCGGUCACUUUAGAUGGUCAAGAUUACAUGGACGGACAAAAGAUCAUUGUGACUCUGAACCAGCAUGAAACACUUCAACUCCAGAGUGAUGGAGACUUGACAGGAAGCCAUAUUUCUGCCGAUAAAUCCGUGGCUGUAUUAAGUGGCAAUAUGGCGCUGAAUGUGACUGCUGGGCAGCAUCAGAACCAGACGGGCACAUCUGUUGAACCAAUGCUGCCUGUGGCAACAUGGGGGACUGUGUUUGCCAAGCCCAGUGUACCAACAGGUCGAGUGGAUUUUGUUUUGAUCAUGUCCAGCUUGGAGCACACAGUUCUGACCAUGAAAGAUGGACGUACAAUGAAAUUGGUCAAAAGAGGGCAAAAAAUCAUCAUGGAACAUGUGAGUGGUGAAAGUGAAUUCUACAUUACGGCUUCAAAACCUGUUCAGGCAGUGGCAUUUAUAAGUGGUGGGGAUGUGGCUCCUCCUGCAAUGCUUCUACUGCCACCUUUUGACCAGGGUGGAAAUCAUUUCUCAAUAGGUUUGCCAUCCACCAGUAGAAUAACUGUAUUGGUUGAUCCUUGCCAAGCCAGUGGGAUGCGCAUCAAUGGGCACAGCCUCCCCCCAGACACUCUAGCGACUCCCUUCCCCUCAGCACAAAAUGCCACAAUGGUUGCCCUUACUUUUUAUGCCCAUGCAGGUCUUUUUACAUUAUCUCAUGCGGGCGGCCAUGGGUUUGUUGCGCAGGCUCACCAUGAUGAGAUUGUGGGGGCUUUCUCCAUUGGGGUGCUCUUAAAUGUCAGGAACUCUGUAACAAGAAGAACCUUCCAAAAGCCACACAGAUUUGGCACAGGUUAUGCCAUUAGCGACAACAGUAAGAUUCUCGGGACAAAGUCAGUGCGUCACCUGAUCGUGUGCCUUAACCUCUGUAUGGAGGAUCCCACGUGUCAUAGCGUGGUGCAUGCUUUUGCAGGUGCAAACAAGGGUCAGUGUGAACUGGUCGCACAUAAUGUUGCUGAUCUUGCAGACGCAGUGUUUACACAAACGGAUGUCCACGAGAUUUAUCAAGACGUAGUUAUAGUAACUGUGUAACAUAAUGUACAGCAUGGAAUUACCUAAUGCCCAACAGAAUGGGUAGUCUGGUAUAAAAACUUGUAGAAGUUUCGACUGUCUGAGAAUUUUAAGAAUUGAGUGAUAUUGACUUGCAAGUCCAAAAUAAAUUGCAUCCCCCCCCCCUCCCCCCCGCACAUCAGAAUCAUUUAAUUAACAUUGAUUUGAUAUAGACAAAUCUUAAUGUAUUUAUUUAUUUUUUGGAAAAUUGACAAAAAACAAGCGAAUGUUAUGCUUAUGUUCAAUCUAUAUUUUAUUACUACUGUUAUUGUUAUCAUGUGCAUUUAUUAUUAUUGUUGUUAUUGUUAUUUAUUUAUUUGAUUAUUAUUUUUAAAACUAUUUUGGUGUGUGUGUGUGUAUGUGUGUGCCUAAAGAUGGAGCUAUGGAAGUGCCAUAUUAAAUGAGUGAGAAACUGUACAUAUCAAUAACAUACUUGAUCUGUUGUUUUAUAUUUUGAACAAAGUUCAGUAUGCGUUGUUGUAUUGGCACCAACCCCAAAAAUCACAUAUUUUUAAAUUUAUUUAUAUUUAUUUUGUUAUUCAUUUUAAAAUUUAGG